UCUAUUUUGUGACAUUGCUUGUCUAGUAAAGACCCAGCAUACGCUACGGGUUGGGCCCUGGUCGGCAUGUCUGCAUUUUUUGAUAAGUUUCCUGUCACAAAAAAAUUCCUCCGCGAUACACACACAUAUAUCCUUUGCCAGUUUCCUGUAACCAUAGAGAUAGUCAGUUCGACCAAUCCCUAGCCAGGUUUGUGUGGAAUGGUUUCCUGUACUCUCUAUGAAUUUCCUGCCAGGAGAAGACUUCUUUCCCGCACUGCUAGAGUUAGUCGCUAUUAUCUUUGGGAAUACUUCUUUGGAACAUUAAAGCCAUGCAGGGAAAAACUCCAGGAGUCGCCACCAGGCCUUGAUUCAAUUCAUCGGUGUUCUCCAGAACAGACGUUCAGCGAUGGGGGACUGCAUUGGACAGCUGAAACACGUAUGUCGAUGAGCAUCUCCCCAGUGACGGUCGCUAUGCCAACUGAACUAGCCACUCAAAGUACUGCUCUGCAAAUUCCCGCUCAAACUGUGGGCGGUUGCCGAAACCAGAUUGUUUUGGGAAUAAGCAACGUGUCGCUUAAGAAGCCGCCUUCUUUGAAUCAGUCAGCAAUGGAUUGUAAGACCUUAACUCUGCCCCAGGUCUGCUGGGAUUUUGAGCUUACCUUGGCUGUUUUGUUGAUGGUCUUGGCUGGGUUUUUGAUUUUGCUCUUACUGUAUUGGGUUCUUCUGCUGCGCCACAGACUCCGUGUUGCUCAGGCCGGGAAUGCUCUGGAAUACUUCGGAUUUUAUCACAUGGCACAGUAUGAUCUGAAGGAGCCAGUACCUCCUUUGCCACCACAGGGUUCCUCUUCUUCUGUUGCCAUCCCUUCUCUUCCAUCCCUACCUCAGCCUCCUUCCAAUCAUCCUCCUGUCCAUCUCACUCCUCCACCACUGCUGUAUUUGCCCCAACCUAUGAUUCACACCACCCCACCCAGCCCCCACCCAUCUUGUGGGGCAGGCUCGGAUGCAGAGGUAUACUCACGAAUUGGACAUCUGAGGCCUUCAAGACCAUCCAGUGCGAAUCAGGCUCAGGUGAUCCUGUUUGAACACUCUGCACUUUGAUAGCCAGAGUUAAAUGCAAGGUGUGUUUUGUCGUUUACAUCUAUGGAUAUGGUGGAGAUGUUUAUCUAAAGUGACUUUUAGGGCAUACACAUUUUUUAUUAAUUAUUUUAUGUUCUCUGGGAGUUCAAUUCAAAACCUUAAUAUUGCAAAAUAAAUAAAUAAAUAAAAUAUACACUAACAUUAUUAAAGCCUCUCAGCAUAUGUAGUUUUAAGAACAUUCAAAUGUGUUAUGUUAAUAAAAUGUUAGUAAAAGAGGCUUUUUUACACAAACAUAUACUCUUUCUUUCACAAAUCAAAUGACUUUGUUAUUUCCUUUAAAGGGAGGGAUUUCCUGAGGACACUUUCCUUUGCUUUGCUUUGUUUUUCCUUUGCCUCUUAGGUUUUCAAAUUAUUUUUUUCCAUGCUGUCUUGGCAUACUGUAAGCCUUGACUAUUUGAAACUGUUAGAUAUCAUAUACUGUAUACACUCUGUGGAAUUAUACAUAAUAUAUAGGUGUACUUUCUGAAAGGAUACUAUCCCAGUGACAGUUUUUGUACCUUUUUUCGGAGAGUGAGACUUGCACACAAGUAAUUUAGUUAUAUUUCCUAAUUAAACUAAGGCCUAGUUCUGGUUUAAACUAAUCCCUGUCUGGGAAACUACCCUCUUAUUAACUGUUUAUCAAUACCUAGUAUGGCAAUACCUAGUAUGUUGCAGCUUUUAAGUGUAGGUAUAGAGGUAAGAUUAAGGGAUGUAGAAUAUAUAGUAAUGCAUUAAUAUGUACUUUAUAAGUACCAAUAAACAGCUAAUAUGCCUGCAAACAGGCAACUUAUUCAAGGUGAGAAUGGUUCCCCAAUAUCUGAUGAAAAGAUAAUUUCAGGAAAGAGCCUUUAUGAAUUUGAUGUAUUCCAAUUACUUGGCAAACAAUAAUGUAAAGUACAUUUAAAGCAUUU